AUAGUUUAGACUGAUAUUUACACGAUGGGAAGCUUUUGAAAUGCAGUAUGAAUACUAGUAUACUCCAAGAAUCAGUCUAGGAAAAUAGCAGAGGAUAAUGUUUACAUAUUUAGGGACAUGUUUUUAGUAUUAAUCAUGAUUAUUUUAGCUAUUGUAGGAGGUUAUAUAAUUACGUCGUUGUUGUUACUUAGAUUUCCACAUGUACUUCACAAGAAAAAAACCCUGAAAUUUUGCUGCAGACACAUAAGUCACAGAGGUGGGGCUGGAGAAAACCUUGAAAACACCAUGUCUGCCUUUAAACAUGCAGUUUGCCAUGGUACCGAUAUGCUGGAGUUAGACUGUCAGCUAACCAAAGAUGGACAGGUUGUUGUUUCCCAUGACAACCUCCUGAGUCGUUUAUGUGGAUAUCAUCUGCAGAUCUCAGACUGUGAAUACAAGAACCUGCCGCUGCUAAAGUCUGGUCUGAAGCUGGAUUUCCACAUGUGUAAGUUCAUAACAAAUUCCGUUUUCCACCCCCCCAUGACGUCCUCCCCCCGGUUACCUGCGGUACCUCUGCGACAAAGAGUAGGGGAGAAGGUGGUUGCGAGUUUCUCACAAGAAAGCCAUAAGGAGGUAGAUUUGGGACCGGGAUUUUAUUCCAUUGUCUUCGCCCAGAAGAAGAAUGGCGAGUGGCGACCAAUUCUAAACCUGAAAACCGUAAUUCUUACGUCGUUAUUCCAUAUGAAGAUGGAGACGGUUCCGUCGUUCGCGUUUGCUUCAGUACCUUGCAACAUUCAAAUUGUCUUCAAUCACAACCAUCUGAGUCUGGCCUGUGGCUGUAAUUCCACCCCAUAUCAUAACGCCACCACCUCCAAAACGAUCCCCUUCAAGAACACAUGGCGUGACGUAACAUUCACCUUGACAUCUGUAGACAUGUGUCCUGCCGUCAGAUCUGUGGAGAAGGAAACAGGAUUCAUCAGUGAAGAGGACACGUCUCCAGUCUCUUGCUGUCCAUCACAGGUGUUGUCUGCACCACUGGAGAAGUCGACGUUGAUGUUCUGGCGUCAGGAUUGGCCUUCUGGCUGGGCGUCUUGCACGGAUGCUGUUUAUGACAUGGUAACAGAAUACAAGAGAGAACACAUCACUGGAUGGGGUAACCGCAGCAACCAGAUUUCCCAGAAGUUGUAUGAAAUGAGUCCAGAAAUUCCUUUGAUCUUUUCACUAAAACGAGUUGCUGUUCUGACUGUGCUAUUUUACACUGGAUUACUUCCCUUUGUUCCACUGAAAGAAUCCUUGUUUGAGAUUAUUAUGCCAAGUAUUUUGUUACAUGAUAAAAAGUUUGAAGAAACAUUCACAUUAAAAGAGCGGAUAUUUAUCAAAUUAAUUGAUACAUUGCUGAUGAGGCCAGUUUUGUUUGAACAUCUAAAAAGACGAGGAAUACAGACGUAUCUGUGGGUACUCAACACAGAGGAAGAGUUUGAUCGAGCCUACAAGCUUGGUGUUGAUGGGAUAAUGACAGAUUUUCCAACCAAGCUCAAAGCCUUCAUUGACAGUCAUCCUCAAUUAUGCAGAUAAUGACUAGCUGUGCUUCCUUACAAUCUAACACUUAGGUCUGCCAUGUUUCGUCAACAAGAUAUAAGUAUACACCUGGAAAUUAAAGCAGACAUUUUAAACCUGAUCUUUCACAUUAUGUUGAUAGGCCAUCAUAUAUACACAUGUACCUGGAAAGUGACUAAGCACCACCUGAAUUGUAUUGCAGCUAAAACUGCACCUGGAUGUAGUUGUGUUUUCAGACAGUUUAAACCUGACAUUGAGAGUGGUUACAUAUUCCGUAUCUACUGGUUAUUUCCUGAGGUGGCAUGAAUAAAUUACUAAGUAAUGAGAAGCACAUCAUUGUGAUUCCAGCUACAAAGAUAAUUACCAUACAUAUUCAUACAUAUCUACAGAUUCUGUCUCUUCCCCUAGAAUACAAUACAUAUUGAUGUAACUAUGGUGUCACUUGCAGUCACUUUGUUUCAAUAUCCCCUGUUACACACAACAUUAAUUCCAGUCUUCUAUGUUCUCUAAAUGGUCAUAUGACCAAAAUUAGGUGGUGCUUAAUUAAUUUCCAAUCGUAGGUCCAAGAAGCGAGCAGUUAAAGUAGUUAAAGUUUGCUUUGUUUAAUGACACCACUAUUGCACAUUGAUUUAUUAGUCAUUAGCUAUUGGAUGUCAAACAUUUGGUAAUUUUGAUAUGUAGUCUUAGAUAGAAAACCCACUACAUUUUUUUAAUUAGUAGCAAGAGAUAUUUUAUAUGCACCAUCCCACAGAUAGGAUAGCACAUACCACAGCCUUUGAUAUACCAGUCGUGGUGCACUGGCUGGAACAAGAAAUAGCCUAAUACAGACCUCUCAACCUUGAGGCACUGGAAACCUGGACACUGAGCCCAACAACUUGGAGAUUUCAGUAAAAACCUGAAGAUUGACCUAUUCAUACAUAAUCAAGUGAUAAGCAAAAUAAAAUGGUCGUUCUUUUGUGUAGAAAACAAUAUUUGACCUCAUGGAAUUUUCACUUCUACGUCACGCGUGCAAACUCUCAACGAGAAUGCGAGAGACUGGUAGCGAUAACCUUAUUUGGCAUUGAUCUUCUAAAUGAGGAUUGUUGUGUCCAGUCCUCUCACUUUGUUUGCUAUUUCUGGCCGGAUUGGCCAAGAACUCGACUGAGCAAGAACAGAAAUUGUUUUAACUACAAUGAAUCCGUGAGAUUUUUGAAAAAAACAUGAAAUGUUUUUAAAAACGUGAAAUUUUUGUGGCUUACCAUGAGACCAUGAGAUUUUGCGGAAAACCAUGAGACUUGAAAUGUCUGCUAAUAGUCCCACCGACAUCGAUCGAUCCCAAACCGACCGUGCAUCAAGUGAGUGCUUUACCACUGGGCUACGUCCCGCCCCCCCCCCCCCCCCCCCCCCCAAUAUGGUAGUUAUGCACUUAAGGUGAUCUUAGCCCUAAGAUUGCUUUGUGGAACAGGACCCUGGUGUGUAUAAUGUGAUAUGCUUUGUUUAGGGAAGUUAAUGCAUGCACACUUACAAGUAUGUGCUCAUACAAAGAUGCUUGCAACCAGUUUUAUUUGCAUCUCCACAUUGUCAGUCUACUUUUGUCAGCUGGUUGUAAAGCAAAAAAAAUGCAAUCAAACCAUUAAUAAUAUGAAAUGCUGUUUAAGACAUGUUACAUUGUUGAAACAAUUUUUUUUAUUAUUAGUCAUACUAAUACUAUUAGUCAUAUUUUAAGCAUUUUUGUCUCAUUAGAAAAUAGUGUGAUAAAAUCUAGGAUCAGUUCUGUUCCACAAAGUGGGUGCAUGGUAGAUCUGACAGCAUUGCAUUGGCUCCUAUAUCCAGGUGACAUUUUGUCUGUAAAUAAUAAUUAAAAUAUCAACCAAUUACAUUUUACUUUUUAUAACAUUAUUCAGGAGGACAAAAUUGUUUUAAACUUGGAACUUGGAAAAUUGUUUAACGUGCACAUUCAGAGCAAGCUGUUGUAGCGCAUGCCUGUCCUGGGCACAAGUACCGGCCUCAAUCGGUUCCUCCGUCCAGGACAGGAAUUUUUUUUAAUAUGGGGGGAGAAUAUUUAUGUGGGUGCUGUUCUGUAAAACGCAAGGAUAGGUAACUGCUCAAUUGCAAUUUAUGCAAUGUCAUAUACAUAUAUGACGUUUUAUUUAUUUUCUUAUCACUAUAUCGCAAGAACCGUAAUUCUAGACAAAAUGUGUCUAAACCGGCAUAUUUGAUGGGUCCCAAGUGAGUCCAUGGACUUCCCAAGAUGUAUUUCCAAAGAUGCAAUAUUAAACAUAUAUUUUACCAUUUUACAACACUUGUAUCAUAUCCACCAAAUAUUACAACUACACAAUCUCACCACAUAGUAUGUAGAGUGAAAUGUGUGUAAACCCCACCCUGAACAAACCAGAAUCCUGUCAAACCUGGAGGAAUAUCAUGGUCCCGAAUUUUCAAAAUUCUAAAUCAUGACCCUCAAAACACCGGAUCCUGUCUAAAUCGGAUAAAUGGAUCAGUUUAGGCCUGUACACCUAUGGUGACCUAUAUAUACUGUUCUGAUAUAUUUAGGACACAAACUUUUUUCUUACUUUUAAGAUCUCAAACUCUCAGCUUAUUAUCUCAAAAUGUCAACUUGUUAUUUAUUUCAAGUACUCAACUUAUUACAUGUAGGUCCAUUUUCCAUUAACACCAUUACAUGUAGGUCCAUUUUCGAUUAACACCAUUACAUGUAGGUCCAUUUUCCAUUAACACCAUUACAUGUAGGUCCAUUUUCCAUUAACCAUUAUAUGUAGGUCCAUUUUCCAUUAACACUAUUACAUGUAGGUCCAUUUUCCAUUAACACUAUUACAUGUAGGUCCAUUUUCCAUUAACACUAUUACAUGUGCAAGUUCUUGUCCAUAUAUACAGUGCAACAGCACAGUACCUUUUUCAUAAAUACGUUUCAGCACACGGGGGGGGGAAAAAAGUCAAUUGACGAGUGAUUUUUUCCCCCACUGUGAUGUCACAACACUAAAUAUUUAGUAUAUAAGGUACACUUUGACAAUGUUAAACUUUAUAUACUCAUACACUUGCAGAAACACUGAUAUGGAAAUGAGCAUAAUAAAUUGUGUUAAUGGAAAGCGGGCUGAAUGUUAAGAUCUCAACUUAUAUUGAGCGCUCGACCUAAAUUUCAAGCUCUCGACUUAUUAUGGCGAGUGCUUUCCUUAUUAGCUCAUGUCAUCACAAAUGUACAGUGGCAUAUAAGUCGAAAGUUGAGAUAAUAUAUGCUUUCGACGUAAGUUGAGAUCUCAAAAUAAUAUGGCAAGAUCUUAACAUAAGUUGAGUACUUUACAAAAUACAUGUACAGCAUAUGUCAAAAGUUCAAGAUCUUUAAAAGUGAAAAAAAGAAUACGUGUGUCCUAAAUAUAGUGUCUAUAUUAUUGUUUUUAUAGUUAGUAAGAAAAGAAUAUUUGAGGCCGUAGUACUAUUUUAAAUUAAGGUAUUUUGUUAUUUAAAAUAAACAUGGUUAUUUCAACAAUUGCCUUCGAUAAUAAAAUUUAUAUAGUCCUCUUCAAUUCAUAUUGAUGAUGGCUCAAGCAAUGGAAAUAUGCUGACCAAUUACAAUAUUAAAAAAUUAGGUAAACAGUUUAGUAAUAAACUCUGGAUUUUGUCUAUACAUAUAUACUAUAAAGUUUGUUUUGACUUGAAAUGAAAAUUCAACAUUUAUUUUGAAAUUAGUAAUGUGUGUUAUUGGUGGGUGUUAACAUAAAUCACAAAUAAUCUUCUCACCAACGGGUGUGCACAUUUUUUUUAUUAUUAAUUCAUGUGUACCAUAAUUUUUCCAUUUUUAAUUAUGUUAUGUUUGAUGUUAUAUUUGUAGUGUUAAAUUACUAUUUGUCAUGUGUCAUGUUCACCUUUCUGAAGACUUGUCAAAUGUAGAUUGACAAUGCAAAUGCUCCCUGAUUUGUCUUAAUAUUGUAAAACAGUUGAGCUAAAAGACAACGCUCUACUGUUCAGGGUUAUUUUUCACCCAACAAAUGAAAAACCAAAUGAGCCACUCAAAGGAAUAACAGUAUUGCUGAUGAGUGCCAAAUUACCGUGAUCAUUAGGAAAUGAGCUAAUAUUGCAGCAUAUUUUCCAUUAUCAGAUUUCACUACUGGUUAUUUCAAAGUGACAUCUGAACAUGAGAAUAUCUUCUGUGGGUGCUAUACAUGUUUAGUCUUGUUUAUUUGUAUUACUAAUGAACUUUACUAUGAUAUUAAUUAAUUAUAUUUAAUUGACAUGUGUG